CUGAAAGGGCGGAGGCGGCAACAGGUUGGUCGAGAAAGAACUUUGGUGGAAGGCUACCAAUCAUUCUUCGGCAGAUCAGGAGAAAGAACGAAUAAUUUAUCUACAUCUGAGAGAAAACGUCUGAGAGGAAAAUCGCUGGAUUUAAAAAGCAGAAUCCGUUUAACGGAAUGAGAACGCGACAGAACGAAAGAGGGGAAAUUUGAAAUUUAGACGAUCCUUGUCGUCCAAGUAGAGGAAAGUGGAAGGAAAGGUAGACGAGAGGAAGACAGAGAGGGCGCACUUGCGAACGCUUCGGGAGACAAUUGAGACUUAAUCAGAUCACCAUGAAGGUGUCUGCUGUUAUAAUAGUAAUUUCGGCGAUUAUCAGCAUGGCUUUGAGUGUGUUGAUGUACUUGAAGAGGAAUGACGAGGCGAUUAUGGUUAAGAAAUCCUCCUUCAUGGACAUAAAGGUCCGAGUGACUCGUGACGUUCUCGGAGAGUACCAAACUGAGGCGGAAAAGAUGCAGACGGACCUUGAUGAAGGCACCAAGGAGGUGCAGGCACAGAACUUAAUUUUACAGAAUGGAAAAGCUGAAAACAAGCCGAAAAGUGAUGAACUGGCAGCUUGCCACGAAGAAUUGAAGAAAAUGAGAGAAGAAACUACUGCUGAACGGACGGAACUGAAAGCUGCCACAGAGGAAGAUGGAAAGGAAAGAGCUGGCUGGGAGAAGGAGAUUGCUGACCUCAAACAGCAGCUGGAGCAGAAGAGCAAAGUGUGUGACUUUGUGAAGAAGGAUUCAGCAGAGGGCAUGAAACUGUGUGGGACCCCACUUCCAGAGCCCCCCAAACAAGAAGCCCCAAAAGUAGAAGCCCCAAAAGCAGAGGCCCCAAAGGCAGAGCCCCCAAAAGCAGAGGCCCCAAAGGCAGAGCCCCCAAAAGCAGAGGCCCCAAAAGCAGAGGCCCCCAAAGCAGAGGCCCCAAAAGCAGAGGCCCCAAAAGCAGAGGCCCCCAAAGCAGAGGAACCCAAAGCAGAGGCCCCAAAAGCAGAGGAACCCAAAGCAGAGGCCCCAAAAGCAGAGGAACCCAAAGCAGAGGCCCCAAAGCCAAAAUAGAAAUAACCACCCAAAAAGCUCUUCACAACAAACAGCCCAGGCAAACAGGGACGGACACAGUCUGGGGGAAAAAACAAAGAGAAGCAUACACGUGGAUGAGAACCUGUAGUGGGAUUUUUGUUUCCUUUCUUCCCUCUGUACUCCUUAUCUGUGUCUCCCACUCUGUACUGAAAUUUUUAUGAAUAAUGAAAUUACCUGAAAGAAAUGUCAGACACAUAAAACAUAUAACAAAUAAAAGUUAUCUCUGCAUAACUGAUAAUACAGAAUACAUAUAUUUAGUCAACCUAAUGCUGUAAGCUUUAACCAUAAAAAUUUCCCCCGCAAAAUGAUCACAUUUGUUGCGCUCCAAGGUUUAAGCUCAAUCUACGUAGUGUACAUAUAAAUAAUAGACCUAAGGCUGAGAAAAAUAAGGCAUGUCAUUUCCUUGUACAGUAUGGUUUGUUAUAUUUGAAUGGGGGAAAGAGGGAGGCAGUUGUUAAUGGUGUAACCAUUCUUACUUGUGGAUUGAAUGAAUUUAAUGCAAUUGAAUGCUGUUGCCUCAUACCCCAUGCCCUGUCGUUAACCUUGCCUGAGACUGUGUGUGUCUCCCUCAGGGGAUGCCUGUAGUACAUUUAUAUGUUUCUCUGUUUACUUGCAUUGACAUUUGGGAGUGCUGUAUCCUCUCCCUGUCAAUUCCCAUUGAUGGGGUCACCUCACAAUGACUGUCCUAUUGCAUUGGCAACAAUCCCAGUAGUCUAAUAAUAUGGUUUGCAAAGCCAAUAUUGGUGGUCGGUCAGCAUUUAUAAAGGAUACAAAAAGGUCAAUAUAUUUGGGUGUGAAUUCACCAAGAAUUAGGAAAACAAGGCAACUCCAAACCAACAGUUAAUUCUGGGAAGCAGGGCUUUCCUUCUUCAGACAGACUUUUUUGGGUACCAGAACACAAUCUAAUAAUGCUAUGUUUCAGUACUUUUUGUGCUGUAACCCUGAGAGAAUGUGAAUGAUCGGACAUUGACUGUGUCUGUACUGCUGAGCUCUCUUCUCUAAGCAAUGGUACCCCCGGGCUUACAAUUAGAGAGGGAAAUAGGCCACUGCCAAUCCAGCCCAACUGAUCCUAUAAGGACAUUGUUUCUAUUUGGGGUGAUGGGGGUGGGGGUGUAAAAAGGGAAGUGGAGGUGGCAAGAAGAAAGUUGGAGCAGCAGAAAAAUCUUAUAUCAAAACCAAAUAAAUAGAUGAGUGCAGGUGGGUCCUGUAUGCAGAUUGUUAGGUCCAGAGAUAAAAAGCAUAAGAACUAUGUGAAGCAAGUUAGAUGUAGGAACUACUCCACCAUUCUGGAGAGUCCUAGAAUCCCAGCAGACCAAAAAUCAGACACCAACCUUUUAUAUCAAAUGUGACUUCUCAUGUAUUUUCAUGCCAUUUCAUUUUGAGUAAAAGACUGUUUGUAUGUUGGACAAUUUUGUGAACAAUUCGGAAACUAAAAAUGAACAUAAAAUAUCUCUAAUAUUCUUAUAUUCUCUUCUCACUUGAAAAUAAUUCUGAGAUAGCUACUAGAAAUACAUUUAAAUAUGGGUUGCCAAAGUGCAAGAUGUGCCAGUACAGUAAAAGGAAAACAAACAAUGUGAUGCUUGUUUUUUGCAAGUCGGUUAUGCAAAUUGCCACAAGCACACACUCAGUUGAGCACUAUGUAGACUAUUUGUACGAUCAAGCAUCACACGGCAUGAUUUCUUUUUAUGUUUCACACACUUUUGCCAAAGAUUGAAGCGAAAUCUUCGAUUCACUCAGACAUGGGGACAAAUUGAAAGGAUAUACUAAUUCCUUCUUUAAAAUGGUAUGGGGUGCUCCUAUUUCAAGCUCUGACAGUGAAUUACAGUGACAUUACUUUACUUUAGAUUACUUUUGUCAUUGUUAUUAGCACAGGUGAUUAGACUGUACUUAAUGAUGUAAAAUAGUGUAUUUUAUCAUAUCAAAUAUGGAGUGAGAUUUUUAGGACAACAUUGUACUUCGGCAAGACUCAGCAGGCAGCUAAAACCUGGUGUACAUGAAACUGUUUUUUAUUUAAGAUAGCAUGUUACAUGUCACAUAAUGGCAAGUAAUAACAUCAAGUAACUUAUUUAAACUGCUAUGGGGCUUGCGUGCUAUAUUCUAGAGGAAUAACAUAUCAUUUUAUGAUUGAUGUGAAACCCUGACCUUUGAUGUGAAACGCAUGUGAAAGACGGACUGUUACUCACUGAAAUAUUGGGGAACAGAGCAUAAGGUGUCAUUAAUCCAUGAUGUGGAGUGAGAGCAAAUAGAGUGUUGCAGGAUAGGGUGCUCUGAAUACAGCCUUUUUGAUGAUUUUAUGCACCAUGGAACACAGUGAAACACUGCAAUAAACAGCAACGAAAUACUGUAACAAGCAAAA